UGCAAACCCGGCGAAACCGGUCCGGGGGCACACAACGCAAUUAUGCCCACCUAACCAACCAGCCUGAGAGCGUGGUCCCUAUCGAUGCUCCUGCAGGAACCACCCAAAGCAUCGCCGGCGCCACCAAAAUCAUUUCGUUGACAGCUGAGACUGCACAGUACCAUUGCACCAUUUCAUUAUUGUGAACAGCAGAUCCUUAUCUCCAUUCAUUUCCCAAAGAUUUGAGGACAUCAUCCUAUACACUAUUCUUCGUCCUUCUUCAUCAGAUUGUAACGUACUUCUCAUCAGGCACGACAUUGACUGUUCAGCCCUGAGAUCUUUCGUUCGCUGCUUCCCCUUUUCAAAAACCUCCAGUGUAUAGAAGUCAACAGCCUCUUCGAGUACACCCUCAAUCUACGACAACAAUGUAUACGCCCACCGCGUUGACGCUGCUCUUCCUCUCCUCCAUACCUUUCGGGUUCUCUGCUGCACCAGAAACGACCAGGCCACCUCUAAAGCCAUGUACGAUCCAUUCUACAACCACUGGCUCGUUCUUCGACCUGCGGCCGCUACAAUUGACGCUGGACGGCUCAAAAUAUCAAUCCGCGGUCAAUGAGUCCUUCCACGCUCGAGGGUACGACUACCCUGCCAACUUCUCCAUCAACUUCUGUGACUCAGUUGUUGAGACUCUCGAUGACGUCGAUGGAAUUCCAUCAAACCGAGUUGCGAACAUAUCUGCAUUCUACAAGAACCAAAAGGGGGAGCUUUACAGCAUCGGACAGCAGAAUGACCAGCCAAUAUUCCGAGGCAAGAAACUGCUCCUGAAUUAUACAAAUGGCUCGCCGUGUCCAGAACUUGACGAAGACGGUGUACCCAUUGACUCGGAUUUCGCGGCCCGCAAAGUCCCCCAACGACGCAAAUCGACCCUCAUGUCCUUCAUCUGCGACACCUCUCCACUGCUCUCGACGAAGCCCGCCAUCUCCUUCCUCGGAUCUCCUGACCACUGCACCUACAUCUUUGAAGUACGCUCGCGAUAUGCUUGCGGUGGUACUACGCAAUCAGAAGAGAAAGGCACACUAGGACCUGGCGGCGUCUUUGGUGUCAUCCUGGGCAUCGCUCUGCUGGUCUACCUGAUCGGAGGUGUGGUCUACCAGCGUAACGUCAUGCAUCAGCGAGGGUGGAAACAAGUACCCAACUAUGCCGUCUGGGCGGGACUGUUCAGUUUCAUUUCGGUAAGUCUUCUCCUCUCCUCGCUCUUUUCACAAAGAUCUCCGAGAAUCUACUGUCCAUGCCCUUACACACUGUGCUCUCCAUAGGCGCCUUGCGUUCAACGUCGCCGCAAAUUCUCCGAUGCAGGACUCUACGAUGCCAAACCCACCUUGCCAUUGCCUCGCUGACUCCACAUUUUCAUCUCGGCUAUAUAGGACAUGUUUAUCAUUCUCUUUU